CUCCGUCUCCAAAAAAACAAAAACAAAAACAAAAAAACCCAGUAAACUUAGGAAAGAAGGUUUUUGUGAUUAAGAUCCGAUUCACUUUCAGUUCUUUAAAGAAAAACCUUGCUGGUUUUCACUAUUUAAAGUGAGUAGCAAGUGCUAACACAAAAUAUCGGAUGGAGAUGAACUUUUAGUUACAUUUAUACUUGUUAGUUUUAUUUUCUGUUCUUUUCAGUUCCAUGAUGAUGGUCUAAGCAAAGACCCUUAGUCCUGUUAAAGAUACAUUUAAAAAACAAAACAAAACAAAACCAAAGGGAACAAAACUUACUCUGCAAAAGUAAUAUAUGAUUUAUCUGCUGUUGUCAUAAGAAUUCCAAAUAGACAAACUCAGUAUGCUUGCAAUUUGCUUUACAUUCUAAGGGGAUUUGGAGAAGAGACAAUAAAGAAUAAACAGUCAAUUCUAUAAUAUAUUUAGAAGGAGAAAAGUGCCAAGGAGGAAAGAAAAAGUAGAGCAUGAUUUGCUUUGAGGUCACAUUGAUAUGAAAUAUGGAGUCACCUUUCAUAACUUCACCUGGGAAAGAGAAAGAAAACUUUCUUGUUAAAAAAACAUAAGGAAAACAAACAACCAAAGGAAUCAUGCCAAAUGCCAACUCUCCAUCUUUUUGUAUUAUUAGCAUUUUCUGUGCAUCAGGACAAAUGGCUUAUGCAUUGAAGGAGAUGAUUUGCUUAUCAGUAUUUUUAGCCAUUAAAAAAAAUCGUUUUCAUAUUAACCUUAUACAGCUCCCAUAAAAUUUAACACAUCUAAACAUCUUUAAGGCCUUGUUUAAAACAGCUUUCUUUUUUAGUGCUUAGAACUUCUAUAUUUAUGCACCGUAUUGUUACUUGUCAAAGUCUUUAAGAGUUUAUAACAUCAGGAAAGAUAUGGACUUGGAAACUUCCAUUAUUAAAAUAGACUGCAGUGGAUUUAAGUGGACAAUUCAAGACAUCCAUUUUAUUGUCCAAAAUAUUACAUAAAAGUGUAUAGUUUUUAGCCUAAAUGCAAACAAAGUUGCUUGAAAAUGGCAUGGGUAAAAUUCUUACGGAAACCUGGUGGCAAUCUUGGAAAAGUUUAUCAGCCUGGAAGUAUGCUAUCCCUAGCCCCUACCAAAGGCUUGUUAAAUGAACCAGGACAAAACAGCUGCUUUCUUAAUAGUGCUGUACAGGUCUUAUGGCAAUUGGAUAUAUUCCGACGAAGCUUGCGGGUUUUGACUGGACAUGUUUGUCAGGGAGAUGCCUGUAUAUUUUGUGCAUUGAAGACGAUAUUUGCACAGUUCCAACAUAGUCGAGAAAAAGCACUUCCCUCAGAUAACAUAAGGCAUGCUCUUGCAGAAAGCUUCAAAGAUGAGCAGCGAUUUCAACUUGGCCUUAUGGAUGAUGCUGCAGAGUGCUUUGAGAAUAUAUUGGAGAGGAUUCAUUUUCACAUAGUGCCAAGCAGAGAUGCAGACAUGUGUACCUCUAAAUCUUGUAUCACUCACCAGAAGUUUGCUAUGACUCUGUAUGAACAGUGUGUGUGUCGUAGCUGUGGAGCAUCAUCAGAUCCUCUACCUUUUACAGAAUUUGUGCGGUACAUUUCUACAACAGCCUUAUGCAAUGAAGUUGAAAGAAUGUUGGAAAGGCAUGAACGCUUUAAACCUGAAAUGUUUGCAGAACUGCUACAAGCAGCAAACACAACAGAUGACUAUAGGAAAUGUCCUAGUAACUGUGGCCAAAAAAUAAAAAUUCGCCGUGUUUUAAUGAAUUGCCCAGAGAUUGUUACAAUUGGUUUAGUCUGGGACUCUGAGCAUUCUGACUUGACCGAAGAUAUUGUUCGGAAUCUAGCAACACAUCUUUAUCUUCCUGGGCUUUUUUAUAGAGUUACUGAUGAAAAUGCCAAAAAUAGUGAACUUAACCUUGUUGGUAUGAUCUGCUACACCAGCCGACAUUAUUGUGCCUUUGCAUUUCACACCAAAAGUUCCAAAUGGGUAUUUUUUGAUGAUGCAAACGUGAAAGAGAUUGGAACUAGAUGGAAAGAUGUUGUCUCCAAAUGCAUUCGAUGCCACUUUCAGCCACUGCUUUUGUUUUACGCAAACCCAGAUGGGACAGCAGUUUCUACUGACGAUGCACUCAGGCAGGUUGUCAGCUGGUCACAUUACAAAUCUGUUGCAGAAAAUAUGGGAUGUGAAAAGCCUGUAAUUCAUAAGUCAGAUAAUUUAAAAGAAAAUGGAUUUGGUGAUCAGGCAAAGCAGAGAGAAAAUCAGAAAUUUCAAACUGAUAAUAUUUCAUCAUCUAAUCGGAGCCACAGUCACACAGCUGUAGGGAGAGGACCAGCUAAGUUAAGUCACAUUGAUCAAAGAGAAAAGAUAAAAGACAUUUCCAGAGAAUGUGCUCUGAAAGCUAUUGAACAGAAAAACUUACUUUCUUCACAAAGGAAAGAUUUAGAGAAGGGACAAAGAAAAGAUUUAGGACGACAUAGAGAUUUGAUUGAUGAAGACCUUUCACAUUUCCAAUCUGGAUCACCUCCUGCCCCAAAUGGUUUUAGACAACAUGGGAAUCCACAUCUAUAUCAUAGUCAAGGAAAAGGAUCAUAUAAACAUGACCGAGUUGUACCACAGAGUCGAGCUUCUGCACAAAUAAUAAGUUCAAGUAAAUCCCAGAUUCUUGCUCCAGGGGAGAAAAUAACUGGCAAAGUUAAGAGCGACAAUGGCACUGGAUAUGAUACAGACAGCAGCCAAGAUUCUAGGGAUAGAGGAAACAGCUGUAAUAGCAGCAGUAAAAGCCGGAACCGAGGUUGGAAACCUAUGAGAGAAACAUUAAAUGUUGAUAGUAUUUUUAGUGAAAGUGAAAAAAGACAGCAUAGUCCAAGACAUAAACCAAAUAUCAGUAACAAGCCCAAAUGUAGCAAGGAUCAAAGUUUUAGUAAUUGGCCAAAAGAGAAUCCAAAGCAAAAAGGUUUAAUGACCAUAUAUGAAGAUGAAAUGAAGCAGGAAAUAGGAAGCAGAAGUUCCCUUGAAUCUAAUGGAAAAGGAGCAGACAAAAAUAAAGGCCUUGUAGAGGGUAAAGUGCAUGGUGAUAAUUGGCAGAUGCAAAGGACUGAGUCUGGAUAUGAAAGCAGUGAUCACAUCAGUAAUGGAUCUACUAAUUUGGACUCACCUGUUAUCGAUGGAAAUGGUACAGUAAUGGAUAUCAGUGCUGUUAAAGAAACAGUAUGCUUCAGUGACCAGAUUAAGACAAGCAACCUAAAUAAAGAACGUGGGGACUGGACCUCCCUUCAGAGCCAAAAUCACUUAGAAGGCUUUAGAAAAGAACUCAGGAAUUUGGAAGCAGACUAUAAAUCUCACGAAUUCCACCCAGAAUCACAUUUACAAAUAAAAAAUAAUUUGAUAAAAAGAUCACAUGUACAUGAAAACAAUGGAAAGUUAUUUCCUUCAUCCAGUCUACAAAUACCCAAGGACCAUAAUGCAAGAGAACAUGUGCACCAGUCAGAUGAACAGAAACUUGAAAAACCAAAUGAGUGCAAAUUUUCUGAGUGGCUUAAUAUAGAAAAUUCUGAGAGAACAGGUUUGCCGUUUUGCGUUGAUAACUCUGCUUCUGGGAAGAGAGUGAACAGUAAUGAACCAUCUUCAUUAUGGUCUUCACACCUAAGAACUGUUGGGUUAAAGCCAGCAACUGCUCCUCUCAUCCUGCAGCAAAAUAUCAUGGAUCAAUGUUACUUUGAGAACUCUCUAUCCACAGAAUGUAUAAUUCAGUCAGCCGGUAGAUCUGAUGGGUGUCAGAUGCCAAAACUUUUUUGCCAGAAUCCACCACCCCCUUUGCCACCAAAGAAAUAUGCUAUAACCACUGUGCCACAGUCAGAGAAAAGCGAAUCUACACCUGAUAUCAAACUUACAGAGGUGUUUAAAGCUACCUCUCAUCUUCUGAAGCACAGUUUAAGUACAGCUUCAGAACCAAGUUUAGAAGUGAGUACACAUGUGAAUGAUGAAAGACAUAAAGAAACAUUUCAAGUGAGAGAGUGUUUUGGCAACACACCAAACUGCCCGUCCAACUCCCCAACUAAUGAUUUUCAGGCAAACUCAGGUGCCGUUGAUGGAUUUUGCCAACCAGAACUAGACUCUAUUUCUACCUGUCCAAAUGAGACAGUUUCCUUAACUACCUAUUUUUCAGUUGAUAGCUGCAUGACAGAUACAUAUAGAUUGAAAUACCAUCAGAGGCCCAAGCUCGCUUUUCCAGAGAGCAGUGGCUUUUGUAAUAAUUCACUAUCUUAGAGUGAAAAAGGACUAGGAUCUGUGUUACAAAAUAAUCUUGGUUCAAGCUGCCCUUCUGAACAAAGAUAUAAACCUAGCAUACAUUCUAAUAGAUAACUGGUAAAAUUGACCAACUUUUACUUCUCAGAGGCCAUUUAAAUAUAAUAGGAACCUACUGACCAAACCUAGUGAUACAUAAAAUUAAAGCCCGUGGCAUUUUUAAAGUUGUUAAUCACUAUACAUAUGUAUAUGUGUAUACACAUAUCUAAUUUUAUGAUCAGUUUAUUAGAUAUUUAAGAAAUUCCCUUUGAAUAGUCUUGGCAUGCCGUGAAAAACAGAAAAUCAGGGAGAUAUAAUAAUUCAUUUGUUACAUGCUACAGUUGAAUAAAAAUUAAAUUUGUCCCCCUAUUUUGUGGCCAGUAGACUGGGAAGCAUGAAACUAACCAGUACUCAUGUGUGGAGAUUAUAAACUAUGCUAAUUGAAAAGUACCAGGUGAUACAUAGCCUGGUACUUUUUUGUCAAAGAAUUGCUUUAUGAAGAAGCACUAAUGGGUAACCAGAAAAGGGCUUCACCCAUUUGUUUUUGACUUCUAUGAUAGUCACUGCAUAUGAUCCCUUUAAGUGUCUUUAAAAAAAUGACUUGUGAAUUUGAUAGCAUUUGGGGAAAGAAAAGCCUUAUAUGAUUAAAAUUUGUAAAUUUUCAAGGUCAGAUAGAAUUUAAUUUUGCUCCUAGAACUUUUGUCUUGAGUAUCUACCUAAAUUAGGCCUUUGACUAUUUAUAGGUAUUCAUAAAUACUACUUUAGCCAUGUAAAUUAAAAAGUUAAAAUACUUAAACUUUAGUAUAUUUAUUUAUCUCGUUACUCUUUCUUCUAAUUUUGUAUGAAAUACGAAAGAUCUUUAUUUUGGUUUGAUUUACUUUGGGCUGCUAACCAGCAGUGUUAGGAAUUAAUGUAGGGCCCCCACUGGUAUGUCACUGUCAUUGCCUACAUUUUCUUUGCUGUAAUAUUACCUGCUUAUAGGUUGUCAACCCAUUUUAUCUGAAUUUGAAAAUCUAUGUUUCCAGAUUAAAUUUCUACCUUUCAUAUAGAGUUUAAUUUUAAUAAAAUGUUUAAUUGAAGCAUCCUUACCUUUUAUCUACUUUGAACAAAUAGUAAUUUUACCCCAGCUACUUUUCAUGAAGAGGGCUUUGAAAAUUAAAGGAAUUUUUAUUAUUAUGGUAACCUUACGAGUAAAAAUAAGUUACUUUUAAUUGCCUUAUUUCAUUAGUUGUCAUUUUAUUUUGUACUAUGCUGUUAAACUAAUUGUGGUUUAGAAUAGUUUUAUGUUCACUCCAGAUAACUGAGAAACAGAACAAAAGUUUUCCUUACAUUCCUAAAUGGAUAAACCUCAUAAAUAUAAUUCAAUAAACUAGUAAAUGUAGCCACUUGACUGAUUCCGUAAAUCGUGUUAAAACAUUCUAAAAUGUUGUAAAUAAUUUAAUGUGAAUAUUGUUAGAUAAACAGAAAAUAAUUGCUUAUAAAAGUCUAACUAAAAGUUUAACCAGUUACCAAGUCGUGGCCCAAUUUUAUCUUCUACCUAUAGUUUUUACUAGCCUUUUUAAACUAUAAUAGUGAGUGAUCAUUACUUUAUAUUCUCAUAAGUUAGAAAUACUUGAAUCCCAAAUUAAUUUUAUCGUUUAAGAAAACUUAUUUUUAACAUAAUUUUUUAGUAUGGAGGGUUUGUAAAUAAAGUUUGUAAACCUGUAUUUGAAAUACCAAAGUUUUUACUGCUUUUACAACACUGUAAAAUACUAGAAAAAUGGGCUUCAAGUUUUUUAAUAGCUGUCAGAAAGUUUGUGUAGUUUUUUUUUUUUUCUAUUUGGUUAAGAUGUGAGUUGGAAAUGUAUUAUUUGAAACAUUUAAACUAAUUUUUGUAUUUAACAGCAGUUUCAGAGAUUUGUCUUUUCAACUCAGUUGAGUUGUAGACAUCAAAUAGAAGUCCAGUUUUGCCUCUUUUAAGUACUGUCCAGUUGAAACCUCCUGACUCAUGUACUGCUACACAAACUAGAAACUGACCAUUUAUUGUUGAUUUAACACUCCAAAUACAGAUCGAUAUAUAUAUAUACUAAUCAUUUUAUUUCAUGUAAAAUUUUUACAUCUAGGGUGCCUAUUUAUUUUUAUAGAUAUUUUCAUCCAGAUAUAAGCUCAUAACUUUGUAAAUAAUUCAGCCAACAGUUGUAAUGUUUAAAAUACUUACCUUCACAAUGUUAUAUUUUCAUGUGAAAUCAAUUUCUUCUCAUCCAAAAAAAAUUUUAAGAUAAACUGAUUUUUAAGUUUAUAUGAUUGGACUUCUCUUUGCAUUCAUGAACUGUGCGUCACCCUCCCCCCAACAUGGAUUACUAUGGGUAAAGUCAUGGAUACUUGGAAUUUCACUGAUCAUGAAAUGUUAUCUAUCACAGGAAAAAUCCUAAGAGUUAAACUCCAGCAAGGUCUAAAGCACAGCUCCUUAGAAAAGGAGUUGGCAAACUUUCUAUAAAGAUAGAAAAUAAUGUAGGCUUUGUGGACCAUAAUAUUUCUGUAACAACUACUCAGCUCUGCCUUUGUAAUGUGAAAGCAGUCAUAAACAAUAUGUAAAUGAAUGAGCAUGGCUGUUUUCCAGUAAAACUUUGUCAACAUAGAAAUCCAGAUUGCAUAUAACUUUCAUGUCAUGAAAGUCUUUUUUUCCCCCCAAUCAUUUUAAAAUGUAAAAAACAUUCUUAGCGCACAGGCUGAAGUCUCCAAAUGUACUCCCAUGCCACUUAUGGACUCAGUAUUUGCAGCUCUUUACAUCCUGAAACGUUCAGGUUAAGCCCCCUAAAAACUAUCCCUUGAAACUGCUAAUAAGCCAGUUCAUUUCAAAAGGAACUACUAAAACAAUCAUUUCACUUAUAUAAAAUGGUGUGAAUUUACAAAAGAAUUUAUCAGAGUAAAGUCACAUUGAUUUUCUUUUGAUGUCGUUUUUUAUGUUUUGUUAGCAAGUUUGCAACUUCUUGGUGUUCCAUUUAUCCACUCCUUAAAAGCCUUCAAACUGAGGGUAAUGUAAGCAGUCACUAUACUUGCUAUGGCAGUUUAAUCGUAGGUACAAUUUCUUAUCUAUAGGAAAGAUUCAAACUUCAUACUGCCACCAAUUUUAAAAACUGCCAAUUACAGUCAUGUCAUAUUACUAAGUCAGGGUUCUCCAUAGAAAGAGAAUCAACAGGAUAUAUAUAGAGACAUAUAGAAAUAAAUUUAUUAUGAGGGAUUGGCUCACAUGAUUAUGGAGGCUGAGAAGUCCCACCAUCUGCUGUCUGCAGACAGUAAGCCCAGGGAAGCCAAUGGUGCAGUUCCCGUCCAAGUCCAAAGGUCUGAGAACCAAGGGGCCCUGCUCCAUGUCUGAAAGCCAGAGAAUCAGGAGAACCAAUGUCCAAGGAUAGAACAUGGAUGUCCCAGUUCAAGCAGAGAGAAGACAGAAUUUGCCCUUCCUCUGCCUUUUUAUUCCAGCCAGGCCCUCAUGGGAUUGGAUGAUGCCCACAGUGGAGUGGAUGGCUCUUUUUUAUUUGGUCUACUGAUUCAAAUGCUAAUCUCUUCUGCAAACACCCUCAUGGACAAACCCAGAAAUCUAGGCAUCUUCUAGCAUAAUCAAGAUGACACAUAAAAUUAACCUUCACACCAAGAUCUCUUCAUCUUCACUAUACUAAAAAUUUUCAGAGUAUCUGGUAGUUGUGGUAGUAGGCUGAUUUUAGGCUCAAAAAGACAGUAUGGAUUAUGAUCGGAAGUCUGUGUGUGACCUAACAGUAAACUAUGUGAGAACUGUUCAUCACCUCACAAUCUCACUACCAGAUAAUUUGUUACAAUAAAACCAAACUCAGCUAUAUAAGUAAACACUUACUAGACAAAACCAUUAGCAAGCAGUGCAGAAACAGUUCACACAAAUGAUUUGGUAAACUCAGUGAAAUCCCAGUUCUGUGUUCCCACAGAUGUUUCAACCAUACCUUCCAUAGAUGGUUCUGUUUAGGUUGAUGCAGCAACACCUUAAAGGCAUGAUUGCUAACUUUAUACUCAGAAAUUAUAUUCCAGACUUGACUAACUCUAAGAACCAUUUUGAAAGGUAGGAAGAUUUACACAGAGAGUUUACCAGAUCUUAUUCCCUGUUUAAAAGGGAAGGAAAUAUUCUCAAAAUAUUUAAGACAAUUCAUAUAUACUGAAUGCAACUAAUUUAAACAAGAGACCACUUUUACCAUUCCUCAUGUAAAGCCUUUAGGGCUAACAAGAAUAUUUUCUUUUUGAGACGGGGUCUCUGUUGCCCAGGUUGGAGUGCAGUGGCCCCAUCUUGGCUCACUGCAACCUCCACCUCCCGGAUUCAAGCAAUUCUUGUGUCUCAGCCUCCCGAGUAACUGGAACUACAGGUGCAUGCCAACAUGCCCGGCUAAAUUUUUUGUAUUUUUUAGUAGAGACAGGGUUUCACCAGGUUGGCCAGGCUGGUCUCACAACUCUUGACCUCAAGUGAUCCACUGCCCUUGGCCUCCCCAAGUGCUGGGAUUAUAGGCGUGAGCCACUACGCCUGGCCAACAGUAAUAUUUUUUAUUAGCUACUACAGCUUAGAGUAGCUGCUAUGGGAGUGUGGCCUUUUUGAUUAAAUACCAGCUGAUCAACCCCAGAAUAUAAAUUCUUGUUUUAUAACAUUUAGAUUUAAAUAACAGUAAGAAUGUAAGCUCUGUGAAGGCAAGAAUGCCUUUUUGUUCUGUUCACUGCUGUGUCUAAAAUAAUGUCUGGCUCAAAUAUUUGUUGAAUGAGUAAAUAUGCUGACUUCGCUGAAGUAUUUAAGCAAGUUACAGAUAUUAUAAAAAUAAAUGUUUUGGGCACAAGCACACUUAAUACAACAGUAAUAAAAAAUAGGUUUGAAACACAUAAUCCUUCAUUCUAGGAGGCUCAAGAAUUUAAAAGGAAAAAAGGGGGAAGAUACCCAGGUAAGAGGGCAUGCAUGCUAGCUUUCCAAUACUUUGAUAUUACCUGCUUUUUCUAAAACUGUAUCAACCUGUCACCCACCCAUAACCUAUCUUUUCAUAACAGAGUCCAACUAAACCUAAAAAUUAAAACUGGAACUUAGCCUCUAUGCAAUCUAAGAAUACUUUGUUCCCUCUCUCAAAAUCUUUCCCUGCUUUUGAAUAAUUGGCUUUUGAAUUCAUAAAAACCUUCCCUUAUUAAUCACCCUAUUACUUGCAUCGUAUUAAAUCCUGAUCAACUCUUAAAACAUUAAAAGACAUUACUAUAUUUGUUAAUGAAUACACAAGACCUUUAAGUAUAAAUGCUUUUAUAUUCAGCCCCUGUAAAGCCAUUAGAUGUUGGAAAGUUUUUAAACACGAACCAAAUGGUUUAAUUUUAACAACUUAGCUAGGAAUGGGUGAAAUCCUACCCAUUUAAUAGAGUCCUGCAAAUUAGAAACAAAGUGUAAAAUGAAAGGAAGGGUCCCUUGGAGAUGUGAAAUUCUUCUGUUGAGAGUCUUGUCUUCUUUAUUCAAGAAGUUUGUAGCCAUUUUCAGAAUUCACUCAAGAACCAACUUCUUAAUUUAGAUAUCAGCAAACGA